UAUCUAUGGCGUUCUAACGCGGUCGGAAUUCGCCCGAAACCCCGAACAGAGAAUCUCCAGAUGCAAAACAAAGCGUCGAUCUUUCUCCAUUAUCCCACUAGAGCGAGACUGGGGUAAAUAAAUCCGGGGGCCCCGCAUCUGAAGAUGUGGAGAGCAAGACCGCCUCGGCCAUUGUCCGAGCUGGACACAUGGAGAGUAGGCAGUAGUAGUAGUGGUGGUGGUGGUGGUGGUAGUAGUACAGGAGGUUCUUCUGGAGAGUGUCCCCUUUACAGUGAUCCAGUAUCUGCGUAUUAACAGGCGGAGUGUCUGGUAUUCCAUUCUCAAUUUCACUAAUAGGAGAUAACAUGGGGGAAGAAACAUUCAAAGACGAUGUCGAGCACCUCGAAAGCAGCCCGCAGGCGGAGUCAACAGAAGACAUCUUCCGUCCGGAAGCACCAUUCGCCAAGUAUAUCCCCGGCGGAUACUCACCUUCACGAUGUCUCAGACUCAAAGGGAGACCGAUGACAUAUGCCAUCUUCGUAUUUGCCGGUUGUGCCAUUACCUUCUUCGGAUACGAUACGGCGGUGAUGAGCCAGGUCAACAAUAAUUCAGACUAUCAGCAACGGAUGGGCUUUGCGAAUGGCACUGACCGGGAUGCUGCGGCCAUUGGAGGAAUGGUCAGCUUGUGGUUUGCUGGUUUUGCCAUUGGUGCUCUCCUGGUCGGGUAUACCGCAGAUGCAAUUGGCCGUUUGAAGACUAUCCAGAUCGGAUGCAUCUGGGGCAUCCUGGGAGCCGCUUUACUGGCGUCCGCGCAGAAUAUCACCUGGCUCUCCUUUGCUCGUGUGAUCAGCGGUAUUGGCUGUGGCUAUCUCAACACGACGGUUCCAGUCUGGACAUCUGAACUGGCCGAUCCGCAUCUUCGCGGCGCUUUCGUUGCUGUGCAGUUUACUCUCGCGAUGGUUGGAUCUGCCAUUGUAUACUGGAUGGAAUUCGCCUGCGUAAAAACACGCACUCUAUCCUUCGCAUGGCGCUUUCCUCUCGGUUUCCAAAUGCUAUUCCUCCUUCUCAUCCUCGCCGCAGCUCCCUUCUACCCCGAAUCGCCCCGAUAUCUCGCAAAGACCGGAAACCUCACGGGAGCUCGAGAAGUCCUCAACCGGUGCCGAAUGGACAGCAACCCGGAGAAAAUCACCAAGGAAAUGGACGAGAUCAUCCUCGCCAUCCGCGCCGAAGCCUCCUCCUCGACCUCAGCCAGUUUCUACAGCAUGCUCUUCAAAAAGGAUAAACUACACACUCGACGUCGAGUCCUCCUCGGCGCGGGCGUACAGAUCAUGCAGAAAUGUACCGGAAUCGACUUCAUCAGCGUCUACGCACCGAACAUGUUCGCCUUAUCUGGAUUCAAGGGCGAUAAGCCCGCCCUCCUAGCCGGGGGGAAUUGGUUCGGAUAUAUCGCCAGUUUGGCCCUGUCCAUCUAUCUCUGCGACCAUGUUGGUCGGCGCAAAAUGAUGCUGAUCGGAUGCUCGCUUAUGGGCAUCGUGCUCAUCAUCGGUGGGGUCCUGUCUCAUGAAACAGUGUUGAAUACCACCGUCGAACCAGCCAAAGCGAGCAAGUUUGGCGCAGGCGUCGCUACUAUUUUAUACAUCUAUAUUUUCAUCUACGGCAGUACGUGGCUGACAACAUGCUGGGUCUACCCAACCGAAGUCUUCCCCCUCGCCAGCCGCAGCAAAGGCGCCGCACUAGCCACCGUCGCAUUCUCCCUGGCCGGCGGAACCAUUAACGAAAUCAUCCCGUACCUGAUCGACGCGAUUGGAUUCUGGAUCUUUAUCCUCUUUGCCCUAGUGUAUCUGACCAUGUUGGUGCCGAUUUACUUAUUUUACAUUGAAACGGCAAAUAGACAUCUUGAACAACUCGACGUUCUGUUCUCGAGCGAGAGCUGCUUGGCAUGGCGGGCCGAAAGGGAAUAUGCCAGAAAAACACAGGAAGGCCUGGAAGAUUUGACUGUUAUGGCGAAGCAGGCAGAGGGAGGAGCUGACGAGAAAGGACAGUCUGAGGUGUGAACUGGUAGGAAAUAGCAAAUACCGGAGGCCGGGCUAAGUACUAUAGCUCCAAGCUUGUACACGCUUAUACAUAAUGGAUUUCAGCGUUCUUACGUAUUUUGGUUGGAUUCUUCGAGAGAUCAUAGUCCAUUCCUAUCCACUCGUUGCCAUCCGCCGAAUUUAAUACCGCAACAAUGAAACGAAAAGACAAAUGAGAAACAAAGUCCGUCCGAGAU